AUGUCUCGGAGGUCAGCACCCCCCUCCCCCAUCUAUCAGCACCUCUCGUUCCCCUCUAUCAGCACCUCGUUCCCCUCUAUCAGCACCUCUAGUUCCCCUCUAUCAGCACCUCUCGUUCCCCUCUAUCAGCACCUCACUUACCCCUCUCUCAGCACCUCCACUCCGACACUCACUGCACUACCAUCCCCCCUCUGUCCUCUCAACCUUCCCCCUGUCACUGUACCUCCCUUCUCCCUCUGUCCUCACCUCCCUUCCCACUAUGACACACCUCUGUUCCCCUCUCACAUCACCUCUUCCCCCCCUGCCAGCGUCACCACUAACCCUCUACCCCGCGUGCCUCAACUCCUUUCCUCUUUAUUCGUGCACUUAUCUUGCCCCUCUGACCGCACCGCACCCCCCUUCCAACUCACCCAUCACCUCCUAACCCACUGCCCGCACCCUCUUUUCCCUCUCCACGCACCUUCAUUCCCCCCUUUUGACCUCACCUUCCUUUUCCCCUCCCCUGUUUGCCUACAUUCCCCAUAUGAAAUCAAGUCCUUUCCCCCUCCCUAUGCACUUAACUCCCCCCUCUCAAAUCACCUCUUUCCCCCUCUGACAGCACCUCUUGCCCCCCUCCCAACACCUUCUCUCCCGACCUCUGUCCUCUCCUCCUUCCCCCUCUCAGUGCACCUUCUCCCCACCUCUGUCCUCUCCUCCCUUCCCCCUCUCACAGCUCCUACCUUCCCCCACCCACAGCAUCUCCCUUCCCCCACCCACAGCAUCUCCCUUCCCCCUCUCACAGCUCCUCCCUUCCCCCUCUCACAGCUCCUCCCUUCCCCCACCCACAUCAUCUCCCUUCCCCCUAUCACAGCUCCUCCCUUCCCCCUCUCACAUCUCCUACCUUCCCCCACCCACAGCAUCUCCCUUCCCCCUAUCACAGCUCCUCCCUUCCCCCUAUCACAGCUCCUCCCUUCCCCCUCUCACAGCUCAUACCUUCCCCCACCCACAGCAUCUCCCUUCCCCCUAUCACAGCUCCUCCCUUCCCCCUCUCACAGCUCCUCCCUUCCCCCACCCACAUCAUCUCCCUUCCCCCUAUCACAGCUCCUCCCUUCCCCCUCUCACAGCUCCUCCCUUCCCCCUCUCACAGCUCAUACCUUCCCCCACCCACAGCAUCUCCCUUCCCCCUAUCACAGCUCCUCCCUUCCCCCUCUCACAGCUCCUCCCUUCCCCCACCCACAUCAUCUCCCUUCCCCCUCUCACAGCUCCUCCCUUCCCCCUCUCACAGCUCCUACCUUCCCCCACCCACAGCAUCUCCCUUCCCCCACCCACAGCAUCUCCCUUCCCCCUAUCACAGCUCCUACCUUCCCCCUCUCACAGCUCCUCCCUUCCCCCACCCACAUCAUCUCCCUUCCCCCUAUCACAGCUCCUCCCUUCCCCCUCUCACAGCUCCUCCCUUCCCCCACCCACAGCAUCUCCCUUCCCCCACCCACAGCAUCUCCCUUCCCCCUCUCACAGCUCCUCCCUUCCCCAUCUCACAGCAUCUCCCUUCCCCCACCCACAGCAUCUCCCUUCCCCCUAUCACAGCUCCUCCCUUCCCCCUCUCACAGCUCCUCCCUUCCCCCACCCACAGCAUCUCCCUUCCCCCUCUCACAGCUCCUCCCUUCCCCCACCCACAUCAUCUCCCUUCCCCCUCUCACAGCUCCUCCCUUCCCCCUCUCACAGCUCCUACCUUCCCCCACCCACAGCAUCUCCCUUCCCCCACCCACAGCAUCUCCCUUCCCCCUAUCACAGCUCCUACCUUCCCCCUCUCACAGCUCCUCCCUUCCCCCACCCACAUCAUCUCCCUUCCCCCUAUCACAGCUCCUCCCUUCCCCCUCUCACAGCUCCUCCCUUCCCCCACCCACAGCAUCUCCCUUCCCCCACCCACAGCAUCUCCCUUCCCCCUCUCACAGCUCCUCCCUUCCCCAUCUCACAGCAUCUCCCUUCCCCCACCCACAGCAUCUCCCUUCCCCCUAUCACAGCUCCUCCCUUCCCCCUCUCACAGCUCCUCCCUUCCCCCACCCACAUCAUCUCCCUUCCCCCUAUCACAGCUCCUCCCUUCCCCCUCUCACAGCUCCUACCUUCCCCCACCCACAGCAUCUCCCUUCCCCCACCCACAGCAUCUCCCUUCCCCCUCUCACAGCUCCUCCCUUCCCCCUCUCACAGCUCCUCCCUUCCCCCACCCACAUCAUCUCCCUUCCCCCUCUCACAGCUCCUCACUUCCCACACACAGCAUCUCCAUUCCCCAUAUCACAGCUCGUCCCUUCCCCCUCUCACAGCUCCUCCCUUCCCCCACCCACAGCAGCUCCCUUCCCCCUCUCGCACCUCCUACCUUCCCCCUCUCGCUGCUCCUCCCUUCCCCGUUCCGCCUCUCAUUCCGCAUCUCAAGCCGCCUCUCCUUCCGCCUCUCAUUCCGCCCCUCCUUCCGCAUCUCACUCCGCCUCUCGCGUCGCCUCUCAUUCCGGGUUUCUUUCCGCCCCUCAUUACGCCUCUCAUUACGCCUCUCAUUACGCCUAUCUAUUCGCCUCAUCCCGCCUCUCAAUCCGCCUCUCAUCCCGCCUCUCACGCCGCCUCUCGUUCCGCCUCUCGUUCCGCCUCUCAUUCCGCCUCUCGUUCCGCCUCUUUUUCCGCCUCUCAUUCCGCCUCACAUUCCGCCUCUUAUUCCGCCUAUAA